AGGGAUAUUGUAGUGCUAAGUUGAAUGGUACGUGUAGUUUGUGGUUUGCCGUGAUUAGGGUUAUAGAAGUUGUAUAAGGAGUUUAAAAAUGUCGGAGGUAAAUAAUUGCGAAGACGAAGAAUUAUCUAAUCUAUUAGACUGUGCCUUGAAAGAUUUUGAUAAACCUAUAGAAGAUAAAAAGCCAAAUAUUGAAAAUGAAAAUAAAAACGAAGAAGCAAAAAAUACAGAAGCACAUUUACACCAGUCAACAGAAACAAGUUCAGAUCAAGUAUGGGACUUCAGUAAAUUUGAAGAAGCCAUGAAUUCAUUAGUAUUAGGUGAUAAACAAUUAAAAGAAAAUCUCAAUAGUCUUUCUGAAUUUGCAGAUCAAGAGGGAGAAACAGCGGAUGAGGAUUUUGCUGCAUCGCUAGCGAAUACUUUGAAAGGAUUGGCUGAAAACACAGAGAAUAUUUUUGAAACUUCGAACGAAGAUUUUAAACAACUACUAAAUAAUUUAGCUAAAGACAACGAAGCCGGAAGUGAUGACAUCAUGCCAAAUUUUCUACCAUUGAUGCAAGACAUCAUGCAAAAAUUACUGUCCAAAGAGCUGCUGUAUCCGGCGUUAAAAGAUAUAGUCGAUAAGUAUCCAAAGUGGUUAGAAGAUGCUCAAGGAACACUGCAACAGAAAGAGUAUGACUGCUACAACCAACAGUAUCAACUGAUGAAGGAAAUCUGCGAGGAAUUUGAGAAGGAAGAUGACGACAACAGACUAGAAAAGGAAAAAUUUGAUAAAAUUUUAAAUUUAAUGCAGAAGAUGCAGGAUUGUGGCCAUCCUCCAAAAGAACUAAUUGGCGAAAUGCUCCCCUUAAUAGAGUUUGAUGAACGAGGAAAUCCGAAAAUACCAAGCCUACAGGGAGACCAGUGUAGUAUAAUGUAAAUCCGUUGUUGCAUAUGAUGUAUAUUAUUUACGAAGUUCGUUUGUAUAAUAAUUGUCCGUGCAUAGCUUUUGAAAAAUAAAUACUUGUAUUUUA